AUGUUGCAGAGUUUGCUAUUGGUUGUUUUAGAGCUGACCAAACGAGAUGUUGCAGGGUUUGCUAUUGAGCUAACCAAGCGAGAUGUUGCAGGGUUUGCUAUUGGUUUUUCAGAGCUGACCAAGAGAGAUGUUGAAGUGUUUGCUAUUGGUUGUUUCAGAGAUGACCAAGGGAGAUGUUGCAUGGUUUGCUAUAUGGUUGUUUCAGAGCUAACCAAGCGGAAUGUUGCAGAGCUGACCAAGCUAGAUGUUGCAGGAUUUGCUAUUGGUUGUUUCAGAGCUGACCAAGCAAGUUGUUGCAGGGUUUGCUAUUGGUUGUUUCCAGAGCUGACCAAGCGAGAUGUUGCAGGGGUAACCAAGCAAAAUGUUGCAGGGUUUGCUAUGGUUGAUUCAGAGCUGACCAACAAGAUGUUGCAGGGUUUGCUAUUGGUUGUUUCAGAGCUGACCAAGAGAGAUGUUGCAGGGUUUGCUAUUGGUGGACUCAGUGGUGGGGAGGAGAAGACGCAGUUCUGGAGAAUGGUGGACGUCUCUACUGACCACCUGCCCAGAGAGAAGCCUCGAUAUCUCAUGGGAGUCGGGUAUGACUGUGUGUACCCCACUAGGACUGCUAGGUUUGGUAAUGCGCUAGUACCAGAAGGGAGUCUGGCCUUGAAGAACAAGAGUUUUGCUGAUGACUACCAACCAAUAGACGCACACUGCACAUGUUCUACAUGCCGCAACUACACUAGGGCCUACCUGCAUACCGUGGCUACAAAUGAGGCUGUGGCCAGCUCUCUCAUUACAGUGCACAAUGUGGCUUAUCAGUUGGAUCUCAUGCGAAGUAUACAGCUAAGUAUCAAAGAGGACAGAUUCCCUGCUUUUGUCCAGAAAUUCUUCUCUAUACGACACCCAGAUGGACACUACCCAGAAUGGGUCAUCCAGGCACUGGACAAAGUGAAUAUCACACUACUGCACAACAGUGACUCGCAGUCGAACAAACUGGACAUUGCGGGGAGUGACCAUAUAGGACAAGAUGGUAUCAAAGUGUGACACUGGGAGAUUUAUAAACACUUUAUUGGAAACUUAUGUAUAGUUGUAUAAAAUUCAGUGUUAUAUACAAAAUAAUGUUAUUUUAUUCUAUAAAAAAAAAUAAUUGCAACCUG